UCCUUGGCCACUUCGCAGUUCGGUUUCUGCACACAGCCAAAAGCUACAACAACCUUUUGGAUUUAUCUUUCUACGAUUUAUCCAUUCUGGUGAGAAAGUAAAAAAGUUUCUGCGUUCACACCCAGUCGGUGGUUCGCCCCUUGAAUUCAUACUUUCUCUCGUUAAAAGAACUGGAAUUUUGAGAAAUUGGAAAUGGCGACCGACACCAAUUCCCAAAUCUAUCACGAGCGGCAGAAGCUACAGUUUUGCCUCUUGCACUCGCUCAACAAUCUUUUCCAGAAAAACGAUGCAUUUACUCGAUCAAGCCUGAAUGAGAUUGCUGAAAAACUUAUGCUUGAAGAACCCAACAAGGAAAAAUGGACACCCUUUUCUGUGCUCUUUAAACCCCAUCAUAAUUCACUCACUGGAAACUAUGACAUAAAUGUGCUAAUUGCUGCUUUAGAAGACAAGGGGAAGAAUGUGGUUUGGCAUGAUCGGCGUAAUGGGGCAUCUUCAAUUGAUCUAGAUGGGCCUGAAGAUGCUAAUUUGAUGGGUAUUCUGCUUAAUGUUCCUGUUAGAAUGUUUGCCGGGUUGUGGAAAAGUAGACAUUGGGUAACGUUGAGGAAGAUUGGUGGGGUUUGGUACAAUUUGGAUAGCGAACUUGUUGCUCCUGAGGUCUUUGAAGAUGCUGAAAAGGUUAGAGAAUUCUUGGAUUACAUGAUUGGACAUGGUGGAGAAGUUUUGCUUGUUAUGAAUAAUAAAUAGUAAUUUUCUUUUUACUUGAGUCAAAACAUCCUUUUACUUGAAUCAAAGUAAUCUGAUAGGAUGUUCAAAUAACUCUAUAUAAACUCUGCUUGUAACAAACUCAAUUUACAUUCAGCUUAGAGAAGAAACAGUUUUGUUUCUUUUUCGUUUUCAGUUU